AUGGAAAGAAGUCUCAGAAAAUCUGUUCCCCACCCAGAAAUUCACGGCCUCCGGCAGGCACCCGAGGGCCUCGCUGGCCCACGGCACGUGAUCCUCGCAAUCCGCCGCCAGUGGCCCGUACUCGGCCCGAAAGCAGUCGUUCUGCUGCUGGAGGUACGCCACUCUCUUGGUUUCCCCCAAAUCCGACGCCGUCACCAGAUCCAGAGCUUCCGGGAAAGGGAGCUUCUCUACGUGGGCGGCGGCGAAGCAGGGGGAGGAGUUGCGGGGGAUGUGGGCGAGGGCGUCGGCUUUUCCGGUGGGGGUGAGGUGGAGGGAGACGGCGGAGGGGGAGGGCCAGAGGGAGAGGGCCGGCCAGUCGGGGACGGCGGCGGAGAUGAGGCAGGGCUUGUUGGGGGCGACGUAGUGGCGGAGGAACUGGAGGGGGGACGGCGGCGAUGGGAGGCGGUCGACGCGGGGCGGGGGGCCUACGGUUAG